CUCUCUCUCUCUCUCUCUCUCACACACACACACACACACUGUUGGUAUUUAUCCUACUCUUCUUGUGAAGCUGCUCCUGUGACUGUGAUUAUAGCAUUGGGGGCUUCGACUAUAAUAAGCACAUCUUGGACAAAUACAACAAAGAGAUUAAUCCUGAAGUAAGGGGAUAUAAUUUAGAUUUCUCUUCUGUACCUAGAUAGUAACAUGUUGAGACAAUCAUCAAGUAGGAAUCAAAGAAACAAAGUGCUCAGGGUGAAGCAUGUUCUUCAGAUGAGCCUACUGGUUGCUGUGUCCUUCUGGCUUUUGUAUCAAUUGAAGCACUCUUACGACAAGAAAAAGGCGUCCGUCGAUGAAAAUUUGGCGACUUCAUCCAACCUUGAGGAGGAGCAGCAAAGAUUUGUUAAAUUAGGCCGCAAAGAUCUGCCGGACAAUGAGGAGGCGAAUCUCGACGAAGAGCGAGAGAAGGAACGAGAAGCAGUUAAGCGAGUGAUGGAAGAGGAGGAAGAGAUUGGCGAGGGUGAACAAGUGAGAGGAAAUGAGCGAGAUGACGAGGAGAGGGAAGAUGAGGGAGAAGACGCCGACGGUCGAGGCCGUGGAGAGGCUUCUCGCGUGGCUCGUGAAGAUAGAGAUCUAGAAUACGAAGAUGAUAAGAGCGAAGAAAAUGAGGAGAAAAUGGAAAACGGUGAUGAGAACGAUGAGGAGAAAUUCGUUGGAGACGACGACAAUAACGGUGAUAUUGGUUCCACAAUCGAUGAUGAUACAAAUUUUGGUGAAGGCGAUGGCGAUGGCGACGGCGACGGCGAUAGCUCGUUGAAGAAGACUGUUCCGGAUGAUAACGCAUCCACAAAUGGUGUCGGUUCGAAUCAUAACGAAUCCAUUGUUGGGUUGGAUGGGAAAGAGGGGUCUCUCAAUGAUCACCAUCGUCAUCAAAUUGCUGCUUCUGACGGUGUCACGGAUAACAGUGUUCCUCUUCAAAAUCAGACUUUCAAUUUGGAAUCAAUGGAAGAAGAAAAACAUGUUAGUGUUAAGAGGGAAAUUGAUGAGGAAAACAAGCCGACGCUGAAUAAUCCUAGCUUUACACUUGAGCAAGAGGACUUUGGAGAGAACUCUACGGUAUCUGUAGCGGCGAAUGAUGUCGGAGAUGUAGAUGUGAAUAAAUUAGUCGCAGAUGCUCACCUCGAUCUAUCUACUUUACCUGUUAUCCAAGGUGAAGUAGUGAAAGACGAAGAAGACACCGCAGAGUGAUGGUAUUUCCAAGGGAUGGAGGUUUUUCUAUCGCAGAUUAGAGCUUGAUAUGUAGGCUUUUUACUUCUUUAUCUUUCUCAUGUUGAGGUUACAGAGAAUGUUUUUCGCUGAUUUGCACUUGAUGAAUGAUGCCCACAUCAUAUGCAAUGUGUACAAGUAAUUUUACACAUCAAAUGUUCUGCAAGAGUCGGCGAAUUUUGAUUUA